AAGAACAGACGUUCGCAUGACCGUCAGUCGUCGGAUGCAUACGUGCAGCGCGAUAGAGCAAUUACAGAAGCCGAAAAAUACUGGAUCAGAGCAUGUCGGCCAAUGACGAAGGCAGAGUAUUCCGGAAUCUCGAUUACAAAUCAGACACUGACUACGUGAUAAAGGUAGCCAAGACUCUGCUAACGCCGGUCGGUAUCUGGCCGCUCUACCGCGGCAAUUCCACGUCCGACAAGAUCAAGAAUUUCCUGCAGACGGGCGUGAUAUUCUGCCUGAUGUGCUUUCUGCUGGUGCCACAUGUCAUAUACACCUUCUUCGACGCGGAGGACCUAAGCAGGUACAUGAAGGUGAUAGGCGCCCAGGUGUUCAGCCUGCUCGCCAUCAUCAAGUUCUGGACGAUGAUCAUCAACAGGGAAGGAAUCAGGUACUGCCUGCAGCAGAUGGAGAUCCAGUACAGAGACGUGGAGUGCGAAGAGGAUCGACUAGUGAUGACGAACAGCGCCAAGAUCGGCAGGCUCUUCACGGUUGCGUACUUGGGGCUGUCUUAUGGUGGCGCAUUGCCGUAUCACAUAAUCAUGCCGCUGCUGGCGGACAGGGUCGUCAAGUCGGAUAACACGACGCAAAUACCACUGCCGUACCUCAGCAACUACAUAUUCUUCGUGGUGGAGGACUCGCCGUUGUACGAGAUCGUCUUCGUUUCGCAGAUCUUCAUCAGCAGCAUCAUCCUCUCGACAAACUGCGGUGUCUAUAGCUUGAUCGCUACUUGCGUGAUGCACGGCUGCUGCCUCUUUGAGGUUGUUCGCAGAAAGAUGGAGACGAUCCUCAGCAAUGGGACCGACGAUCUGCACAGGCGACUCGGCCAAGUGAUCGAACACCAUAUACAAGCCAUCAGAUUUGCGGAGAUGAUUGAGAAAUCGUUGAAUAUCGUCUUUCUAUGCGAAAUGGUUGGAUGCACCGUUAUUAUAUGUUUUCUAGAAUUCGGAGUUCUUAAGGAGUGGGAAGAUGGGAAAGUCUUACCGAUGGGCACGUAUUUCGUUUUAAUGACAUCGAUGUACAUAAAUGUGUAUAUUAUAUCAGCUAUCGGUGAUCGCCUGAAAGAAGAAAGCGAGAAAGUAGGAGAAUCAUCGUACUUUAUCGAGUGGUACAAUUUGCCGACGAACAUCGUAGGCUAUUUGAUUUUAAUGAUAAUCAGAUCAGGCCGCCCAUCAACUCUGACUGCCGCAAAAAUAUUUGAUCUCUCUCUACAAGGAUUCUGCGAGGUCUGCAAGACGUCAGCGGCGUAUUUCAAUUUCAUACGCGCGAUGACUACAUGAGUCCUUAAAUAAUAUCAUCGAGUGUAAAAUACGUUAAGUAUUAUUAUCGUCACGUCAUCGAAUGUCUCACCUUUUUCAUUGGACAUCGACAAUUAUUUAUCUGUCGAAUAAUAAAUACAUAUUACUAACAGUUAUUUGAACAG